CCUGAGAUUGCAGCCUCAGCAUCGCCGCCUGUCUCUCCUCAGAUUGAGUCCAGGUCCCCGCGGCCGCCAUCUGCACUGCUUGGUCUCCGUCAGCCGAGCUCGCUUCAAGAGCCCAACGCCCUCCGCCCACGUCAGCAUAGCUCGGAGCCUGGGGUCAGGAAGUCGGCGAAGGCUAAGAUGCCCAGGAAACGUGUAAUAGAAAACGGAUCUCAGACAAACCUUAAGGAUUCAGUGGAGAAUUCAGUGACAUAUGAUGAUGUAGUGGUGAAUUUUACUCAGGAAGAAUGGGAGUUGCUUGAUCCUUCCCAGAAGAGUCUCUACAAAGAUGUGAUGCUAGAGACCUAUAGGAACCUCUCUGUAAUAGGCUAUAAAUGGGAAGAUCACAAUAUUGAAGAACAUUGUGAAAAUUAUGGAAGACAUAACAGGCAUCUUCAAAGUGAUGAACCGAUUAAUACCGGAGAGAAACAUUAUGAAUGUAUGCAAUAUGAUGGAGCCAUUGCAAGAAACAAUCACCUUCAGAUACAUAAAAAAACGGGUACUGGAUGUUUUGUGUAUUGUACUGGUCUUCAGAUACAUAGAAGAACACACUAUGGAGAAAAGCUCUAUGAUUGUAGCCAAUGCGGUAAAGUCUUUUAUUGUCAAAGUCUUCUUCAAACGCAUAAAAAAACACAUACUGGAGAGAAGUCCUAUGUAUGUAACCACUGUAGUAAAGCCUUUGCAUAUCUCCAUGCUCUUCAAAGGCAUAAAAGAACACAUACUGGAGAGAAACCCUAUGAAUGUAAUCAAUGUGGAAAACACUUUGCAAGGUCCACUCAUCUUCAAAGACAUAAAAGAACACAUACUGGAGAGAAACCCUAUGAAUGUAACCAAUGUAGCAAAGCCUUUGCACAAUACAAUCAGCUCCAAAUACAUAGAAGAACACAUACUGGAGAGAAACCCUAUGAGUGUAACCAGUGUGGCAAAGCCUUUGCAAGAUCUGUUUAUCUUCAAGUACAUAGAAGAAGACAUACUGGAGAGAAACCCUAUGGAUGUGACCAAUGUGGCAAAGCCUUUGUAAGUUCUGGUUGCCUUCGAGUACAUAGAAGAACACAUACUGCAGAGAAACGCUAUGCAUGUGACCAAUGUGGUAAAGGCUUUGACUGUAACUCCUACCUUCAAAAACAUAGAAGAACACAUACUGGAGAGAAACCCUAUGAAUGUAACCACUGUGGUAAAGCCUUUGCACAAGACACUACUCUUAAAGUACAUAGAAGAACACAUACUGGAGAGAAACCCUAUGAAUGUGACCAAUGUGGUAAAAGCUUUGCAUAUAUCAGCAAUAUUCAAAGACAUAAAAGAAAACAUACUAGAGAGAAACCCUAUGAAUGUAACUAGUGUGGCAAAGCCUUUGCACAAGACAGUCAUCUUCAAGUACAUAUAAGAACACAUACUGGAGAGAAAGCAUCUUAAUGUCACCAAUGUAGUAAAGCUUUUGCAGGUCACAGACAUCUUCAAAGGAAUAAAAGAACAAAUAUUGGAGAGAAACCCUGAUAAUGUAAUAAAUGUGGUAGAAUGUUUGCAUGUU